UUGCUUUGUGUUGAAGGUGAAACGUUCGGUUUUUUUAAUCAGUUUCAAAAUGUGAUUCACGAAAAGUACUGAAAAUAAAUACUAAAUAGACAUCUGAAAUGGGAUUAAUCAAAACUGAUUAUCAAUCUCUCGGUAAAUUUCACCGAUCCUAUGACAAUGGGAGAUUUGCCGGCGUGAUUUUGUUUUUAGUUUCACAAACUUUAGCUGGUGUUGCAUUGCUGUCACUCUCAAUAUGGAUGUAUGUGGACACAGCUUCUUACCUGGCAACAGACCACAACGACAAGUUCUUCAUCUCCAUAUACAUACUGAUGGCUGCAGGAUCGCUAAUGACGCUGGUGGGAUUUUUAGGCUGCUGUGGCGCAAUGCAGGAAAGUUCUUGUAUGCUGGGAAGUUUUUCAACGUUUGUCAUUCUGAUAUUUGCAGCAGAAAUAGCUGGAGCUGUUUAUGGAUAUUCACACCAGGAUGAGGUCAAGAAAGCUAUAAGUAAGCGGGUAUCAAAUAUGAUCAAAAAUGAGUACAGUGUUCAAGACGCUGUUACCUUAGCUGUCGAUAAAAUGCAGGAAAAGUUGAUGUGUUGUGGAGCUUCAGGAAUUGGAGACUGGGCUGACUCGAGCUUCAACAACAAACAGAAGGAAACGUCUUUGUUAGAAAAAGUUUUCCAAAGUGCUGCUUACACUGUCCCGCGCUCUUGUUGUGUUUCAAAAGAAACGGCCGACUGUGAUGUGGCGACUCAAAUUCCAGCAGUUAACACAUUUUCAAGUCGUCUGCAUUCUGAGGGCUGUUUAGCGAAGAUUGAAGAAAAAGUCGAAAAGCAUUUAUUCACCAUCAUUGUUGUUGGUAUCAGCAUUGCCAUUAUUCAGAUAUUUGGAUUUGUGUUCUCAUUGGUGUUGUGCUGCGCUGUAUCUGGAAGGGACUACUAACGUGUGGGAAAAAGCACAAACUGUGGAGUGUAAAUAUUUUGAAUACAAAUCAAAUUUUCAGUACUUUCCAUUCAGGGUUGAUUGAGCCAAGAGGAUUCUAACCAAAUGUUCUUUCUCAUGUAUGCAUUAAUAGAAUGCUUGCUUUUAAACCUCAAAUACAUUUUAUUCUGUGUAAGACUGCUAUUUUCUGUGAAGUAACAAUUUUUUCUGUGACAAAUUUUAAGACUUCUGCAGAAGACUGAUUUUUUUAGCUUUUAAUUGUAUUUUAAUGUUUACUUAAAUGGUUUAUUUUUUUUAGCUUAGUGAAUGUUAAGCCUAUUUAGUUAUUUGUUUAUUAUGGCAGUUAAUUCUAUACAGAUCUUCAUUUCAAGAAAAAUCUUCAAGGUGACCAAAUAUAUAUAUUCUUCAAAUGUAAGAACCAAAUCUCUUAUUUUCAUAAAUGUUAAGCAAUGAAAAGAGUUUAUUCGAGAAAAUAUAACAGCAAAUAAUGUACACGAAAUAUAAAAGGAAAUUUAUUGCUGUAUUGCAUUUGUGACCGAUUCUCUUGGAAAUUUGAAAAUCCAAGAAAGAUUGCAUUUCUAUGCGUAAAUCAGCAAAAAGGUUUUCAGUUGAAUUGUUGUAGAAAUGUUAAUAUGGUAAUAUUUUAAAACAUUAGUUGCAGUUGGAAAAUCGGUAUAAAUUAAGUCUGGAAUGUAUAUGUCCCAAGUUAAUAAUUGAGGUAAAAGAACCAAAUUUAACAAAAAAGGUACGAAAAAAGAUAGAAAAAUGAAUCUCAUAUUUUUUUUCUUGAAAUAAUUCAUUCAGUUCAAAUAAUAACACUAAGUAAUUGUAAAAUAUGAAAAAACAAAAGAGAAUAUUUUCAUAUUAUAUGCAUUUUCCCCCCAGGCAUAGUAAUUCAUGACAUCAUCAAUAUUUUUAAAAGAGCAAUUUGUGGAGAAUCUCAAAAUAGGGAACAAAUUUGUUGGAGCCCAGUAAAACCAUCGCCUCACAGUUUUCUAUGCAUUUUUAGUUCUCGUGAAGCAGAAACUAAAUUAUCGUGAUUGAAUUAUUCAAGAUCUCAUUUUGAUUUUUAUUCUAUUUCCAUGUCAACAAAAAAUUCACAUAUGUGAGACGUGCCUUAUGUCAAUUCAAAUUUUGCGUCAAUGCUUCUUGCUGUGUGCUAGCUUUUUUUUUUUUUGCUUCUGUGUUACUGAAUUUCAGUCAUUAAAUACCCGGGAAAAGAAAACUUAUCCAAAGUCAAUUUACUGCAUCCCAUUGUAAAAUUUCUACUUGUUAAGGAGUCUGAAAUAGGUUUAUUAUGGCUUGUGAAACUUUUUUUUUCUUUUCAUUAUAAAUAUAUAUACAUAUUAACCCAAUAAUUUGUACAAUUUUUAAGGUUUCAAAAAGUAUCCUUUUUAAAUACAUUAUGUUGAGUUUAAAAAUACUUAAGUAAAAAUCUUAAAUAUUUACAAAAAUACAAAAAAUAUAUAUUAAAUUUGAAUUUAUUAUGUAAUUAUGAUAUAGAAAGUUACCAAUGAUUCAUGACUUUUCGAUUAGUUUCUGUGGGAAAUUUCUGAAACUCAGUACUGAAAAGAAAUAAUAUUGUCAGCUAUAUGUGUUCAUGUUGAAACGUCAUGCUAAAAUUAUUCAUCAAGUGCAGCAUAUGUUGAAGUUCUGUUGUAUAUUCAUUUUAUUUUCUUUUAUAAAUAAAAUAAUGUAUGGUA